ACACACAAACAAACAAAAAAGAACAAAAUCCAAACAAACAAACCCAUCAAACAUUUUAAACCCAAAAGUGCAUAUAAUCACAAAGUGUUAAAAAGUGUGUCUACAAACAAACUAAACAAACAAAACAAAACAAAAAAAAAUAAAAAAUUAACAAAACAACCAAGUGGUGGAAAAAAUUCACGGUGUUCAAAGAUGCCCACUUAACGGGUGGUUUUUUUUUUUUAAUCAAAAAAAUAAAAAACCAUAAAAAAAAUCCAAGAAAAAUCUAAAAAGUGUUGGAGUGGUGUCCAAAGGGGGGGGGGCUGGGAAAGUGAAUGAUAAAAUAAAAAAAAAAAAAUAAAAAAACAAGAUGUCUACUCAAGCUUACUACAAGGAAAGGUUGGGUUUUGACCCAGCUGACACAGUUGCCGAGCAUCACCGUGAACAAAGGUCUCAACAUGGCUACGAGGAGAGUCUUAGCAAGUUCAAAGAACAAAAUCAAAUUGUGCUGAAUGAUUUGAUGGUGGUGGUGAAUGAGGAACAAGAUGAGGAAAUGAAUAAUGAGGAACAAAAUCAAAUGGUUGUUGUCGUAGAGGAAGAUGAGGAGGUGGUGGUAAGGGUGGAAAUGGAGAAUGAGGAGGAGGAGGAGGAGGAGGAAGAAAGGGGUGUGGAAAUUGUUGAAGAGAUUGUUGACGUACUCGAAGAACAAAAAUCCAGCAACACUCAAACUGCUUUUUGGGGUUGCUGGGCUAUGUUCAUCGAGUCUCAUG